AUGAAAGGCAUUCUCGGCCUUUCGCUCCUGCCGCUGCUCGCUGCAGCUUCGCCCGUUGUUGUCGACUCCAUCCACAACGGAGCUGCUCCUGUCCUUUCCUCCACAAAUGCGAAAGAAAUUCCAGACUCUUACAUUGUCGUCUUCAAGAAGCAUGUAGGUUCUGACGCGGCCUUCGCUCACCACAGCUGGGUGCAGGACAUCCAUGGGCAGCAGCUUGGACGGUCGGACCUAAAGAAGCGAUUCCUCGGCUUGGAAUUUGGAUUUGGCGAAGAGCUCUUUGAUGGUCUGAAGGACACGUUCAAUAUCGCAGGAUCUCUGAUGGGUUACACUGGUCAUUUCCAUGAAGACACGAUCGAAGAGAUCCGCAACCACCCCGAUGUCGAAUACAUUGAGCGAAACUCAGAGGUUCAUACUAUGGAAGAUUCGUCCGUCGAGAAGAACGCCCCUUGGGGUUUGGCUCGUAUUUCCCACCGGGACAGGCUCAGUUUCGGUACAUUCAACAAGUACCUCUACGCUUCCGAAGGAGGCGAGGGCGUUGAUGUCUACACGAUUGAUACCGGUAUCAACGUUGAUCACGCAGACUUUGGAGGCCGUGCUUUCUGGGGCAAAACCAUCCCUACCAACGAUGAGGAUGUAGAUGGCAAUGGACACGGAACCCACUGCUCAGGCACUAUUGCCGGAGAGAAGUACGGUGUAUCUAAGAAGGCAAACAUCUAUGCUGUCAAGGUUUUGAGAUCGAGCGGCUCUGGUACCAUGGCCGACGUCGUUCAGGGCGUUGAGUGGGCUGUUGAAGCUCAUCUCAAGAAGGCCAAGAAGGGCAAGGGCUUCAAGGGUAGCGUUGCCAACAUGAGUCUUGGCGGCGGCAAAUCAAAGACCCUCGAGGAUGCUGUGAAUGCUGGUGUUGAGGCUGGUCUCCACUUCGCUGUUGCGGCUGGUAAUGACAACGCUGAUGCGUGCGGCUACUCUCCUGCCGCGGCUGAGAAGGCCGUUACUGUUGGAGCCUCAACCCUCGCUGAUGAGCGCGCUUACUUCUCCAACUACGGCAAGUGCACGGAUAUCUUCGCUCCCGGUCUCAACAUCCUCUCUACCUGGAUUGGUAGCAAGCACGCCGUCAACACCAUCUCUGGAACUUCCAUGGCCUCUCCUCACAUUGCUGGUCUCUUGGCCUACUUUGUUUCCCUCCAGCCAUCAAAGGACUCUGCUUUCGCUGUUGACUUCACCCCCGAGAAGCUCAAGAAGGACCUUAUCUCUAUUGCCACCGAAGGCGCCCUGACUGAUAUUCCUUCUGACACACCCAACCUCCUCGCCUGGAACGGUGGUGGCUCCACUAACUACAGUGAGAUCGUCGCCGAGGGUGGCUACAAGAGCGGCUCUGUGGCUGCUGGCUCCACCACAUUCAAAGCCGGUGGUAUCCUUGCCCAGGCCAUGUAA